UUAUCAUGACCUAGGCCAGAGGAAUGAGGAAAUCCCCUUGAGUGUUUAGUCUCCCAGCUUUGCCUUGGCUUUGUAGUUAACCUUUACCCAGCCAUUCUCCAAAACAGCAAGGUAUGCAGGCCUGUUUACUUGUGAUAAGAGCAAGCAACUCUAAUCCAUUGCAUCUGAGGCGCACAGGUACAUUACACCACCUCCAGUUUCACCUCCCAAAUGAUAUUUAAAUUGUUUUGGAGCUGGAGAAGCCGUCCACCCAUAAUAGAAGACCUUUCCACUGUACGGUCCACAGUGACCUCCUUUGUUGAAGUAUGAACCAGACGAUCACCGCAGACGUCUGCGGAGUUCCACUCAAGUCUUUUAACAUAAUGAUGGCUAUAUUUUCUCCAGACUGUUGAAUGAUCGAGCUGAAAUAUUCUCUUGUCGUUCAAGAACACAUUUCAGGAAAAUAAAUAAUGAAACUGGCUCAUGCCAAACUGGACCCGUUUCAGAGUAUUUUUUUCACAGAUGACUGGCAUUUCUGGGUCUUUGGCUUUUUUUCGGAGCUCAAACAUCAGUUUUAAUUGAAGCGUCUCUUGACAGCUGUGACAUCAGUCUUCCCUCACUGAGUCGCCAGCUAUGCGAAAAACAACCAUACGAUACAUCUGGCAGCGAAUCUCCUCCCCAAACCUGGCUGUCCUCAUUUCCUCCACUUCUCCCUCGCUCCCUCUGUCUCUCCUCCGUACCUUCCUUCCCUUCUCUUUUUCUUUUUUCCCCAGAUUUUUCUUGGAGUCCCAAUAUCCGGCCAAGGACCCAGGAUUUUCCCACAGAGUGUGGUGCUGAAGGCAGAGCUAUUGUUUCUUGCUUACAGGGAAACGGGUAGGGAGGAGGAGGAGCAGGAGGAGGAGGGGGAGGAGGCAGGCUCACUUCCUGGCUGCCAACUUGGGGUCUACAUCAGUGUGAGAAAAAGCAGGGGAGACAGAUCUGAUGAUGACAGAGCAACUGUGUAUCCUAGGGACUGACUUCAGCCAGAAUAAAAUAUCGAGCUUUGCUCCAUUUCCCAGCAAGUAGCACCCAAAUAACUUUGUAAGAGGCUUGCAACUUCCCUACUUGACCCUUUUUUGGUUUAAUUAUUCUUUUACUUUCAUGAAUAUUAGAUAUGGUGGGAGUCUGGACUGUCCUUCAGGGUACCUUAGAUGAAUAAUUUAUUUUGGCAAUAUAUGAAUACACAUUUUAUGUCAUUAUUUUGCAAUUUCCAAAGCCGAACUAUAGUGCAGAGACGGAAAACCUGUCAUUAGGUACAACAAAAUAGCUGUAGCUAUAUACUGUAGAGUAUAUUCUGCAGAAUAAUGUAAUAGCUCUAUAUGGUAGUAUUAUUUAGAAAUCCACCCUUACCAUUAAAUGCCCAUGUAAAUUUGGUUUAAGCAGUACUUCAUGGUAAUACAAUGUUGCUCUGGGCUAUAGGCAGGCUUGUCCUAAAUUGCAGCACUGUCUUUUUAAAUGGGAUGUGGAGAGGGGUGUGUUAUACAUCCUUUGGGAGUGGUGUGGUUUAACUCUGAGGGCAGAGGCUCCAGCCACGUUCCCAGCGACUCAAAAAUAGUCGGGAAAACACUGAGACCAGCCACUAGUGAGGAAUGUGACGGAAAAGGGAAGCUGCACGUCCCAGGGAUCUAGCUCGGCGAGGUUCUGCUGGACCAUGUUUCACAUAUUCAGUAGAUCAUCUCAUCUGAUGCCGAGGCUGAAGGAGUCUCGCUCCCAUGAGUCAUUGCUCAGCCCCAGUAGCGCUGUAGAAGCUCUGGACCUAAGUAUGGAGGACGAGGUUAUCAUCAAGCCUGUUCACAGCAGCAUCCUCGGGCAGGACUUCUGCUUUGAGGUCACCACCUCCACGGGGAGCAAAUGCUUUUCCUGCCGCUCAUCAGCCGAGAGAGACAAAUGGAUGGAGAAUCUGCGGCGAGCGGUGCAACCCAACAAGGACAACAGUCGCCGGGUGGAGAACCUGCUGAGGCUGUGGAUCAUCGAGGCCAAGGAUCUGCCGGCGAAAAAGAAAUACUUCUGCGAGCUGUGUCUGGAUGAAUCCCUCUACGCUCGCACCACCUGCAAGCUCAAGACUGACAAUGUGUUUUGGGGCGAGCACUUUGAGUUUAAUAACCUACCUGCUGUCAAGUGUAUCACGGCCCACCUCUACAAGGACACGGACAAGAAGAAAAAGAAAGACAAAAACAAUUACAUCGGACUCGUCAACAUCCCCGUCGCAGCGGUUACCGGGCGACAGUUUGUGGAGAAAUGGUAUCCGGUGAGCACGCCCAACCCCCCUAAGGGCAAGACUUCUGGGCCCAUGAUCCGCAUCAAGGCGCGCUAUCAGAGUAUGAACAUCCUUCCCAUGGAGAUGUACAAGGAGUUUGCAGAGUACACCACCAACAACUACAUGCUGCUGUGCUCGGUGCUCGAGCCCGGGAUUAGCGUCAAGAACAAGGAGGAGAUGGCGUGUGCACUGGUCCACAUUCUGCAGAGCACGGGCAAGGCCAAGGACUUCCUCACAGACUUAAUGAUGUCGGAGGUGGACCGCUGCGGGGAGAACGAGCACCUCAUCUUCAGAGAGAACACGCUCGCCACAAAGGCCAUCGAGGAAUACCUCAAACUGGUGGGACAGAAGUACCUGCAGGACGCGCUGGGCGAGUUCAUCAAGGCUCUGUACGAGUCAGAUGAGAACUGUGAGGUGGAUCCAUCCAAGUGCUCGUCAGGUGACCUCCCAGAACACCAGAGUAACCUGAAGAUGUGCUGUGAGCUGGCCUUCUGCAAAAUCAUCAACUCAUACUGUGUCUUUCCCCGAGAAUUGAAAGAGGUCUUUGCGUCGUGGCGACAGGAAUGCAGCAACCGGGGUCGACCGGACAUCAGCGAGCGUCUGAUCAGUGCGUCUUUGUUCCUGCGGUUUCUGUGUCCGGCCAUCAUGUCCCCGUCACUUUUCAAUCUGAUGCAGGAGUAUCCCGAUGACCGCACGGCGCGCACCCUCACGCUCAUCGCCAAAGUCACCCAAAACCUGGCCAACUUCACCAAAUUUGGUAACAAGGAAGAGUACAUGUCCUUCAUGAACCAAUUCCUGGAGCACGAGUGGACCAACAUGCAGCGCUUCUUGCUCGAAAUCUCAAAUCCUGAGACGAUCUCCAACACGGCGGGCUUCGAGGGCUACAUCGACCUCGGCAGGGAGCUGUCCACACUGCACUCCCUCCUGUCUGAGGUGGUGUCUCAGAUGGACCAGAGUGCGGCCUCGAAGCUGGGUCCUCUGCCCAGGAUCCUGCGGGAGGUGAACACAGCUCUGUCCAACCCGUCAAGUGUCCAGAUGACACCCGGGCUGUCCUCGGAGCAAAUGGGAUCGCCGCCCGCCGAGGCGAGCUGUAGCAUCUCCACUGGUCUGCAGAAGAUGGUCAUAGACAAUGAACUUUCAGGAUUGGUUGAUUUUACCAGGUUACCCUCCCCAACCCCAGAAAACAAGGACCUAUUCUUUGUGACACGGAGCUCAGGGAUCCAGCCCUCCCCAGCACGCAGCUCGAGUUACUCUGAGACCAACGAGCCGGACCUGGGCAUGGCAAAUGGCAGCAAAAGCCUGUCCAUGGUGGACCUCCAGGACCCACGCAGUCUGGAAGGUGGCCCGGGUCCUUGUACCUCAGACACUUUGGGUGAAGGCCCAGGCUCUGGUGGUGGCUGGUCAGCCAGAGUACCACAAGGCAACAUCCUGGGAGGUCCCACCUUGAGAAGGCCAGGCCAGACCCCCACCACCCCAGGAACAGAAAGCACCCCAGGUCGACCCGCCCAACUGCUCGCCCCCCUAUCCUUCCAGAAUCCAGUUUACCAGAUGGCGGCCUGCCUGCCUGUCUCCCCGCGCGGAAUGACCGACUCAGGGUCAGAGUGCCACAGUUCUGUCAGUUCCCACAGCAACAAUGAGGAGGGACCCGCAGGAGGAAAACACGCCUUCUUGAACCAUGGUGGAGGUGGUGGUGGGGGGAGCAGCGGGGACGAGUACGCCAGGCGUUCGGGCGAGUUCAACCGCCGACAACUAUCCCUCACGGAAAUGCAGCACCAGCCCACCGUCCCCAGACAGAACAGCGCUGGCCCACAGCGGAGGAUAGACCAGCCCCCGCCUCAGAGCAUCACUCGGGGCCGCACCCCGCCGAAUCUGCUAAACAGCGGACCCUACCCCCGGCCCUCGUCUGGCAGCAUGAUGACAUCAUCCCCCGACUGGCCCGGCAGCGGUGCUCGGUUACGACAGCAGUCCUCUUCUUCCAAAGGUGACAGUCCUGAGACCAAGCAGAGGGCUCAGCACAAACAGGCCCCCUCCCCUGUGAACCCAAGUGCGCUGGACCGCACAGCAGCCUGGCUAUUGAAUAUGAAUGUGCAGUAUUUAGACCAUGAGCGGAUGGAGCCCGAGUCACUGAGAAACAGAGAGGAUCUGACUCAGGUGGAGAAGUACCAGCAGGAGAUCGCGGUGCUGCAGGAGAAGCUGCGGGCAUCGGUGCAGAAGCUGGAGGAGUAUGAGGCCCGGCUGAAGGGUCAGGACGAGCAGGCCCAGAAGGUGCUGAUGGAGUACCAGGCCAGGCUGGAGGAGUCGGAGGAGCGCCUGCGCCGACAGCAGGACGACAAGGACCUGCAGAUGAAGGGCAUCAUCAGCAGGUUAAUGUCGGUGGAAGAGGAGCUGAAGAAGGAUCAUUCCGACAUGCAGGCGGUCGUCGACUCCAAACAGAAAAUCAUCGAUGCACAGGAGAAGCGUAUAGCGUCGCUGGACGCAACCAAUGCCCGUCUGAUGGGCACUCUGACCCAGCUGAAGGAACGCUACAGCAUGCAGACCCGCAACGGCAUCUCCCCCACCAACCCCACCAAACUGCAGAUCACCGAGAACGGAGAGUUCAGGAACAGCAGCAACUGCUAGACAGACCGCUAUCUGCCCCCCCACCCCACCCCACCCUCAGAGUGUGUGUCGAGUGCCUGCGAGUGUACAGUCAUUCACCGACAGGACGCCGCUGUGCGUGCAUGGAUGCAUGCCCGUUUGAAGGUGUGUGUGUGUGUGUGUGUUUUUAAAAAAGCAGACAGUAUUUUUUAGAGGACGUUUCCACUUUUCGGACACGACGUGAGGUCAUCGCUCUGAGGGGCCAGCCAGAAGAGGCGGGGCUGCAGCGUGAUGGACAGAUCAUCAAAGGAAACAGGAUCACCAGACGGCCUUCGUGACGAGGGUGACGGCCAGAGGAGGCGGAGCGGAGCGUGUACAUACGGAACUGUAAAGCUGUCCAUCAGUCUCACACUUUGCCGGCGGAUGUGUGCGGUCGCUCGGACAAAUUCCAGCCCUCGCUACGCCUGGGACAAACCACUAUAUAACCACACGGAGUGACGGCCGCUAGACACGGUCGCCCUAGCAACCCUCCUCUCCUCCUCUUUCUUUAUUCUGCUCCCUCUCGACGACCAAGUGGACGUACUUAUAAACAAUAACAGGCGUUGAGGAUUACCGUUUUAGUUUUCUUGAGAGGAUUACUCUCUAGUGCUUUAUUCUAAAGUCACUCUUUAUAAAGAACCAAAUAGAAAUUAAAAGAAUAAUAGAUAUUUUUAGUGUCUUUAUUUCCCUCCUCACUCCUCGGGUGUGUUCCUGCUCCUUGCCCCUGUGUCCCGCCCCUCCGUCCCCCAUGUAGUGCACUUUGUGAAAGGCUAUUGGUACAUGAAACGCCUUAAAGUAAGGAACACACCUCGACUUUCUCCCGCAGCUCCUCUAUUUCUGCAAAAAAAAAAAAGGCACAACGUAAAUACUGUGGAAAAAUAAAUUGUACACACGUAAAUGUAUAAUGAACACUAAAGAAAAAUUCUAUGUGAUACUAUAUUGAUGAAAUUGAAUAUAGAUGUAUGCAUUUUUUUCUUCUAUAGAGUAUACACACAUGAACCUAUAUUUGAUAACCUCAAAUAUAUAAAAACAGCCCUUUAUUUAGGAGUUUUAUUUUUCUUCUGUGACGAUGAAAGACUGUAGUGUGUAGCGUGCUUUCGAGCCCUGGAGGAGGAGACCACGCGGAGCAGCGAUCAGCACCGUCCACUGAUCCGCACUCCAAAUUGCCCACGAUGCUUCGCCCUUUACGCACAGUUCCUGCGCUACACCUCAAAGAAAUGUCUGUACAGCUCCGGCCACAGCGAUCGGUCCCUCGUUCCGGUGCUCGCCGCUGCUCUUAAAGACGCAGGUCGGUUAAACCCAGGUGGUGAUUUGGGUUGUGGUCUCCCUCCUUCAGUAGCACAAGAGCUAUUGAGAGACGUGUUCCCACGCACUCACUCAUACUAUACACUGGACUGGUGAGUCAUUGUUACAAUGGCCUCCCGCAACAUUUCCCCUCUUAACUGCUUUGUUUAUCAGUGGUAAUGAAGUAUGCUGCAUCCAUACUGUGACUCUCUUAUUCCUAGUGGCAUCAUCCUCUCCUCUUUUGGCUCUUUUUCCUUAUUCACACCCCCCCCGCCCUCGCUCAUCCCCCCAAACUCUUCUGAAUGUGAAGACUCACAGUUGGUCUUAACGUGGGGUUGCAGUCCUUCCGAUCUCUCUCGUCAUUACGCCACCGCAUCGCAGCGUCUUUAUUUUGUAUAUUUUUGUAUGGAGUUUUCUUACCUGUAACAGAAUAUAUGCGUCAGGUGUGAGGCUCUGCAUGCUUCAUCCUCGCUCUAGCGCCAACGGUUGCAUCGGUAUCACCAUUGUGUUUUGUUUUUAUUUGCCAAUUGGAAGGUGGUGGUGGUGAUGAAUGGUUUGCUGCAGACAUAUAUAGUGAACAUAUGAUAGAUGAGUGUAUGAAGAGGCAGGACAGCCUGGGAAUGUGUAAAUAAAAAUGCCCACGUUAUUUUUACCUAACGUUAAACAGAGCUUUUUGUAAAUGUAUCUUGUGCUCAAACUCUGCUGUAUCAUUAUGGAUAUUGUAAAUACAGAUUAGCUCAGUCGGUCAUCUGUCCUCAUUGGGUAGAACUAUAAAGUUUAACCUUUCAGUGUUCUCCCUGUUUAAAGCUAUUGUUUUUUUGUAUUUAGAGUUUAAUAUCAUUAGCCAAAAAAAAUAAAAAAUAAAGGUUAUGUAGGGGUUCGACUCUCGGGAAGUCGCGGAGAACUUGUUGGUUUUCCAGGCCGAGCCGAGUCCAGUCUGGAUGAGAUUCACAAGCACAAUCCUGUAUUUCUCCUCAGUCUGGCUCUAUGCACUUUUACGUUCAGUGGUUGGUGUUUAUAAUUAGAUUUGUCUGUUUUUAGCACAGCACCGGUUUCAGGUGUUUAAAAAGAAAAACACAGUUCAAACCCGCAGAAAGGGACUUUUGAUAAAGCUCAAUCACAGACCGUUGUAUCUGAUAAAGAGAACUAUUUACAGCUUUUUCCUGUUUGAGUAGAAACAAACAAAGAAAAAUCACACGGGACUUUUUUCCUCCUCAUAUCUGACAUCCAGUCCUAAAAUAAUAUUGUACAACUGCAGAGAUUAAAGCAAGAUGAUGUUACUUUUGACAGAAGAAAUGACACAUUCUUCCUCCCGCAGUCGUCACUCAGAGGUUUUAAUUGCUCUUUAGCUCGGUUUUUAGCAGCUGCUUUGGUGGUGAGCAAAUUUCUUUUCAGAAUAACAGACCCCCGAGGAACCUCACCACCCCUGACUGAGAAAUCCAAGAUGGCUGCUCCGUGUAUCAAAAUUAGUGAAAGCUGUAGUUUUUUACCGUUUAUUCGCACUUCUGUCAUUUAAUAUGUCGUACACAUAGUACUGUCCAAUUACUGACGGUGGACGUAUUACUACGGUGUCAGUAAGCGUGACAUGCUGCGUAAUGCGUUAUUAUAAACUGGUUUUGCUAACAAUGGCUAGAUGGCUAACGUAAACAUCAACUCUGGUUAUUCGGUUGUGGCGUCAUUCCGAGCUCCGAGGUUUAAUAUGAAUCUCUGCUAGCGCUUAGCUUAGCAUUGUAGCUGAACGCUAUUGAAAGUGAUAAACCAUGUCAGGUAUUUAACUAAACAGUUGGAAAUGUUAAAUACAUCUUUCGGUAUAGGGUUGAUUGAUUCCACUUUUCCUAUGGUUACAAUAUCUCAAUAUUUUCAAUGACUGUUAGACAGCUAAACUCAAAACUAGCCCUUUUAGCAUUUAGCUAAAACAGUAGCAUGGAUUAGAAUGACAGGAAUGAAAAGCCUGGUGUUGGUUCAGUAAAAGUUACAAAGACUUGCUAUAAACUGCAGUGUACAAUAAUACAAAUGUCGACCACAUCAACACAUCUCCACAAAGUAAAAGACCCACUCUAAUGUUUGGUUUCUAAUACGACUUCUCUGCCAUCGGAUCACUUGUCCCAUGUUUCCCCUCCAAGUUCCGUUUUAUGAGUCAGAAAACCGCGAGCUCGCGCUUCACACACUUCAGCCAGUCCGGCAAAAAUAUCAAUCAGAAAUAUAAAGCUAUAAAUAGAGUAAAAGAUGUUGUAUGUUUUCUAUUAUCUUGUAGAAGAUACUUUUGUAAGUAUGUUGAAAGUAUAAAGUAUUUGCUGGAUUCUGCUUCCUUUGACGACGGUGACAAAACAAUAAUGUACAGAGAAAUUUGUGUUGACAAAAAUGUGGCUGUGCAAUUUAUGUACAUUCGCAAUUAGACCUAUUAAAGUUUUAUUUAGCUAUUUUAAA